AGUUAUCGCGUGUCGUCGGCGCCUCUGGUGUGGAGCUGUGGGAACUCGGGUCCAGUGUGCAGAUAGCAUUCACAGAGUAGUUAGGGGUGGAUGGGGGGGGGGGGGGGAGGGGGCGGGGAGGCUGCGGUGAGCCGGGACACGCGACCGCGCGGGCACUGCACCGGCGGCGGCGGCGGCGGCGGCGGCGCCGAGCGGAACCCACCGAACGUCUUCCGUUUUUCGACAGCAUGCAAAUGUCAUGAAGAUAUUUUGAUGGAAUAGAUCUUUUUUGGGCCGACACCUUUGUCUUUGCAUAAUGUUUCGCAGAAGCGUUAUUUUGCUCGUCUGUAUCUUUGUGUCAGUAAUCGCAGCUACUGACCACAGUGCUCCAGCUUCCAUUACAGGAUCUGAUUCUGAAGUUACAAUCUAUCGUCUAAGAACCGAAAAACCAGGGCAAAUGUUCCGAGAUGAUCAUGUAGCAAAACUAGCAGCUAAUCUUGAAGAAAUAAUAAUGGAACGUGACCAUGAACGGGAACUUCUUAAGAACAAGGAGAUGUAUAAUUUCGCGGAAAAACUUACCACUGUACCUUACGAUGAAAUACCCCAGGAAGACCGUUGUGUGGUAAAUAAUGGCAACUGCUCACAGAUAUGUGAAACUGUUGGAUAUGACACUGUCUGUUCUUGUCGUGAAGGAUACACUCUCACAGGCGCCACUGCCUGCACUGCAGUGUCAACGUGUGACAUUGUUCUGUCCGGUACUUCAGGAGAGUUUACUAUUGGGGAUGAGCCUUGCCAGUGGCUCAUAAAAGCACCAAGGCGUGGUAUCAUAGUAAUUACACUUCAUAGAACGCUUGAUUACCAGCACUAUUACAUUGACUCGAGCACAAGUUUUGGGGAAAUAUACGACGGAAAUUCUACUGAAGGAGAUGUAAUUACUCGUAUCCGCCCCGAUACGACAGAAACUGUUCUCAGAAGCUCUGGUCCGUAUAUGCUCAUCAAAAGCCUUGAGGAAUGGGCUCACUAUCCGCACCUCAAAAAGCGUGUUUCAUAUGUCACAGGUUACCCAUAUUUAGAAAUUACGUCUUAUGGGAGUACUGGCCAUUUACGUGUUCCUGUCCCUUCAUUAUCUAUGAGUGGAGAUUGUUUUUCUGUGACAUACAGUGCACCACAGCAUGGUUCCUUGAUGGUGACCCUGACCUACAAAGACUAUGUAAAUUUUUCACAGCUUACUCCGGAGUUUACUUUUGAGCGCCAUGAUGGAAAAUGGAAAAGAGACAUUUUUCGAGUUCCGUUUCAUCAGGAAGCUAAGAGACUAGAUUUCGAGUUCCAAGGAAAAGGUACUAAGGUUUACAAUCUUGGAAGAUGCACUAACCUUGAAUACCACGCUGUUGGCGCCCAGCUGUAUGUUGAUCCAGACACAGUGUGUCGCAAUGGGGGUGUGUGGAGCAGUACAACCCAAUCGUGCACCUGUCCACCAGGAUUUGUUGGCAUGUACUGCGAGGAAGGUUGUGGACCAAACAGAUAUGGAGAGAACUGCUCAAAACCCUGUUCAUUUCUCUCUAGUGCAUGCGAAGGACUUAUAUUUUGCACUAAAGAGUUGUGUUCAUGUGCUCCGGGCAUGCAAGGAGCCUACUGUGGUUCACCAUGUGACUCAGGAAAUUACGGAGCAUCUUGUCGCCAACGUUGUGGGAAAUGCAAGGACAAUGAACCCUGUGACCAGUACACAGGGAUGUGUUACACUGGAUGCUAUGACGGAUUUUAUCCACCAUUUUGUCAGCAGACCUACAAGGUAUUAGGGAAUGCGCCAGAUGUAAUUGAAGACAAUUACAAUUCACUAAAGAUCAGAAUAUCGUUCAAAAACGUAACUGGAGAAGGAGAGCCAGUUUUCUAUGAAGUGCAGUACAAAGAAGAGAAACAAAAUGUUUGGUCAAAAUUAUCUGCAAGAGUAAUUCCCAAGGAAACAGAACUGGGAACCACGGCAGAAUUAGAAAUUAUGGGGUUACUUGCUGGGAAAAACUAUGAAAUCCGAGUAAUUCUCAUUGAUAAGGACGGUGGUAGUUACCAAACAGAUGUGCCAGAAAGUAAAGCAAGAACUAAAUGCAUAGAUCCAGUUCAAGGAGACUUCAAAUUUGCAGUAAGAGAUGUAGAUGACACUAGUGUUCUCCUGGAAUGGUCUUAUGAACAUGAUAAGACUUCACUGGCUUGUGAAAUAUUGGACUUCGAGCUGUCUGUUCUCUGUGGAAGCGAGAAUCUUAAAUACCUCAUAACAGAGAAAAAAGGCCACUUGAGACUGUCAGGUAUUAUGCCUGACGUGACCUACAAUUUCCAACUGAUUGGUAAAACUGUGACUGGCAAUAGGACUCUACCUACAGAGACUGAAGUUCGCACACUACCUGCUGUCCCAGGGAGGGUGAGAGCAGCGAAGGCAGCGCCUUCGCCAUCAGGCAGGCAGUUGCGUGUUACCUGGCUUCCUCCAUGGAACUCACAAGGCCAAUCAUUGCGGUAUAAAGUCAAAUAUCAGUGUGUUUAUUUCCUGGCAUGUGAAGAUGUCAACUGUGACACAUCAUCUGGUGAUACUGAAGUAUCAACAACUGCAGUGGUACUUGAUCGCCUACACUCACAUGCCCUGUACCAGAUAGAAAUAACAUCAGUGUCUGCUACUGGCCUCAUAUCAGGAAGCAGUAUUAUCAAUGCUGUAACAGCACAUACAGCACCACACGUGGCACCCUCUGCUGCUGAAAAUCCAAUACUUGCUGUGUCCAAUACAAGUGUUUCCCUACGUUGGAUGCCUCCUGAAGACUGCACUGGUCUUAAUGGCUACAUUUAUGGCUACUAUUACUCACUGGUUGAGAAUAAGACAGAUGAGAUUAUUCAACAGGGAACAGUUGCCGAAAACACUCUGAAUGUCAACUUCACAAACCUCACACCCAGCAACUGCUAUGAUGCUUACAUUACAGUUGUGGCCUCAGGUGGAACCAGUGGCUCAGAUCUACUGAACAUUCCAUUCUGUACCAGUAGAACAGCUCCUGAACGAGUGCAGUCACUCAGUGUGUACAAGAGAGGUCGCAGAAUGGUUGGCUUGAGGUGGUCUCCACCACUCAACACGUACGGGGAUAUUGAAUACUUCACUAUCACGUACAGUAUAGAAGACAGUGGCCGUAACAGGAAACUUAUAACGGAACCGAAACGUUGUGGUGCUUGGCCCGAUCUCUAUUGUUAUACUGUUUCUGGUCUUUCACCAGGAAGGAAAUACCACUUUGAGGUCCAGACUCGUAAUAAAGAAGUAAACAUCGAUGGAGAACCUGCUGGAGUGGAAGCCAUCACAUUAGAAGGGGCUUCCACCCCACCAGUAAACCUGAGAAUAAUAAAUGCGACUGACAGCAGCAUGUUGGUGGAGUGGGGCAUGCCUGAUUAUAUCAAUGGGCAGCUCAGGUCUUUUAUAAUAAUUGUUGAACAAAUUGAUAUGCAAGUUAAUUCUGGUGAAUGUUGUGAUGAUAUCCAAUUGCAAGAUUAUCGUGUGACUUCAGAGGAACCUUUCUACUUAUAUGAGAUUACAGGCUUGUCAGCUGCCAGCACAUACUCUGUAACCGUUUCUGCAAAGACAGUGACUCUUGGUGAAGAAUCACGGGUGAUAGGUCACACGUUUCCUCCAAAAGCAAUUUUGCCACAGAAUGCACUAAUGGUUGUUAAAACAGAGAGUACCAGCCAUAAUCCUGAUGUAGUAACCUUACAGAUGCAUCCUGCUGAGAGAAUCAGUGGUGUCAACAGGACAUACAUCCUCCUGCAUCUGAUCAAUGACUCAAGUACCCAACAGCCAUUUUAUGACAGCGAGUUAACUACAUUACUUAAGUCAAGACUGACUGAAAAUUAUCAUCUCAUAUCAGAGUAUACACAGGAGGAAGUGGAGAACCAAUCUGUUGUCACAUUCCAUUUAAAGGAAAUGGGAUUUGUAUCAACAGAGAUUGAGUCCCAGAAAUAUGCACUUAUCUUGAUUCAAGACUACAUGGGAAACCAAAGCAUGGACGUUUUUAUAACAGAGGAAACAGGUUGAUGAAUUUGGCAUCAGUGUUAUAACACAAAUACUUACUUGUGCAGUGACUUUAUGGCUGUAACAAUAGAAUCUCUAAGCAUCUUAAAAUGUGAGUUCAAAUAAGCGUUAAAUAAUUAUUGAAUUAUAUUGUACGAUUAUUUGAGUAAAAUAAAAAUUAUAAGGAAGUUA